ACUCUACUCCACAACUUGGUACGAUACGCUUGUGUGAGUGACCGCGUUCUCCAACACUUUGAUAACACUUGGACCUAAGAGUUCGUCAACAAUGGUGCUAACUCUGUACAAGAUAGAUGCGAGUCCACCAGUAAGGUCUGUGUUCAUGGCCAUAGAGGCUUUGGACCUCAAGGACGUACAAAUGGUUGACGUCAACUUGUUCGAAGGAGAACAUUUGAAGGAAGAAUACUUGAAGGUGAAUCCCCAGCAUACAGUGCCGAUGCUCGCCGACGAUGAGUUUUACAUUUGGGACAGCCAUGCGAUUGCAACUUACUUGGUGACCAAAUACGGUAAGACCGAUGAUCUGUACCCGGCCGACCCACAAAAGAGGGCGAUCAUUGACCAACGACUCCACUUCGAUAGUGGAAUACUGUUCCCGUCUUUAAGGGGCACUGUUGAGCCAGUACUUUUUUGGGGAGAGAAAUCGUUCCGUCAAGAAAAUUUGGAUAAGAUUAAAAAGGCGUAUGAAUUUUUGGAGAAUUUCUUAACUUCUUCAUCCCCAUGGCUGGCUGGUGAUAAAGUGACACUCGCAGACAUUUGCUGUGUUUCUACAGUGAGCUCUAUGGAUGUGGUUCUGCCUAUUGAUGCUGAUUUGUAUCCGAAUCUUGUAUCCUGGAAGGAUCUCUGCUCUCAACAACAGUUUUAUGUUGCGGGGAACAUCCCUGGCUUGGAACAAUUCCAAGAGCUGGUAAAAUUUAAGUUGCGUUAAAUGCUGGAGACUAGCGCUAUU